UGGAGAUUCGUUUCCGCCUUCUUCUUCAGCUUCUUUUCUUUCCCUCCCCAAUGAACCAAAAUUCACACGGUGAUAUUCACAUCCAUAUGUCCUAUUUUUUUUUUUAUUUUACAUAUAUCAAUUACAAUAUCUAAAUUUCUUCUUUUCUUCUCCUCGUUCUUCUUCUUCUUCACAGAGAUGCUGUUGGGUCAUCAAGCCAUGAAUUCUCUCUUCUUUCUUUGGUGUGUCUGUCUUAAAUUUGGAAUAAUGCUUCUCAAAUGUUUGGGUUUCAUCCAUUCAAAAGAUACAAAUGCAUCUGAGGGACAGUAUCCAACAGUAAUAGAAGAACUAAGCCAUCAUUUUUCCCUGGCUGAUCUUAGGAAAUCAACCAAUAACUUUGAUGAAAACCAAAUAAUUGGACGUGGAGGCUUUGGUAAGGUAUAUAAAGGUUGUCUCCAACAUAAUGGUGUUGGUGAUUAUACAGUCGCAUUAAAGCGAUGGGACAUGAAUACCCUCGCAGAAAAUCAAGAGUACUUCAAGAAGGAAGUAGAGUUGCUCUGCCAGCUUCGUCACCCUAAUAUGGUGUCUCUUAUAGGAUUCUGCAACGACAAACAUGAGAAGAUUAUUGUGUACGAGUACAUGCUCAAUGGAUCUUUCCACGAUCAUCUACGCAAUAAGGACAUGGAACCACUCUCAUGGAAGAAAAGGCUUGAGAUAUGCAUAGGAGCAGCAUGUGGGGUGCACUACCUUCACACAGGAGCCAAGCGCACUAUAAUUCACCGUUUCAUAAAUCCUAGUAACAUUCUUUUGGAUAGCAAUAUGGUUCCCAAACUCAAAUAUUUUGGGCUUUCCUUACAGGGACCGCUUUUUCCAUCAAAGCCAAAACUUAUUAAAACUGAAGAAGUUGCAGGUACAAUUGGUUUCUUAGCUCCUGAGAAUUUCAACAAACCUAUGCCCGGCUUAACAGAUAGAAGUGAUGUUUAUUCCUUUGGUGUGUUUCUGUUAGAAGUGGUAUGCAGAGAGUCAUAUACAACAAUUUUAGGGGAGAUAUUGAGAGAACUCCCAAGUGAAGAAUUAGACAUGCCUAUAAUUUCAGAUGGUGCAUCUGUUCCUAACAUAAUGCAAAGGCUCACAGUUGAGGAGAAUAUUGAUCCCACUCUUGCAGGAAAAAUAGCACCAGAGUGUUGGAAAGUAUUCAUAGAUAUCAUAGACAGAUGCUUGAAGUAUGAACCAAAUGAAAGACCAGCUAUGGGCGAAGUUGAGGUGGAACUUGAGCAUGCUCUGUCAUUGCAACAGGAAGCUGAUGCCAACAACACUAGUGGCGAGUAUAGCUUCUUAUCGACCAGCAUUUCUCAACCUCAACAAUUACAAGAGGAGGCGCCAAUUUCAGCAUAGAGUUAUUAAAUUCAUGGAUGCCGUAUUUAUUUCUUUUUUUUCUUUUUUUUUGUAAAUAUAUUUAUUUCUUUUUAGUGCUUGCGAAAUCAAUUACUUGUUGGUCAUCCUACAACGCAUCCUGUUAAUCUUCGUUUGUAACCGUUGUGGUCAUCAGUUGUUCUUGUAUCGUUUCCACCUAUGUUUCUAAUUUUAGUGAGCAGAGUACAUAAACAA